GACAGAUAUACUUUUAAAGAACACAAAUUACUUAGCAACUAGGUACUUCCGUUCAUGGCUGAAAUUUAGUUCUGAAAAGAUUAUACCCGUAAUGGAGAGAUUUACUUAAGAAAUAUUUGACAUUUGCUCAGGGAAUACACAGGGGUACAUAGGAGAUUGGGGAUCCUCCCCCGCCCCCAGUAAGCCAGCAGAAUGAGUGACAUAGACAUGAUGUCUAGGAGUGACGGGAGGAUGGCGAGUGCUGCCAGCUCCUUCACCUACGUCCCUUUUGGAUUUACCUCCAAAACACAGUACGACGCCAACGAAUCCCUCAUUCAGAUUCGGAGUGAGAAUUUCUCAAAGGUCGAGCCCGAGAAAGACAACGACAUUUGGAAACGCCCACCCCCGGACUUUCGACCACAAGUUUUUGCACCAAAGCCUCCGAAAAGAAAUUCAAGGGAAGCCAUGAAACCCGAAAACUUUGGAACAUUUCCCGGGAAGCAUAAAACUGUGAAGAGACCUGAAAGGAAUGUAAUACCUCACAUGCUUCGUCCGGCAAAACCCGAGGAGGGACGAAUGAUUCUCCGGUACCAUAUAGAUCGCCCAUUUACUGCAAAGAAAAAGUUCGUGAGAGAAGGAAUGUAUAAAGCUGGAAAAUACUCAAAUCCGAAGCCUCAUGAUUUUAGAGGAUAUCCUCCAAUCAAAAAGCUGGGACUUGAUGAGUUUAUGACAGACUAUGAGAAGGACCCAUUUAAUAUUCACUUCCACACAGGCAGAUUGAAUAUAAUUCAUGGGGUUCCUAUGGAUAAAGCUGCUGAUAGAGACAUUCGAGGUAGACAGAUGGCGCCACCUAAAACACCGGAUAAGAAAUAUGAUGCUGAUUGGAUAUUACCUAAGGGACCUUGGCCAACCAAACCAGGCGAACUAAAUAGACAUCGAUUACGUCAUCGGCCCGCCCAUUCAGCGUUUAUGGAUCGCGUGGACAGAACAUUACAGCUACAGUGGGCAAAGGAGAAAAUGGACCAGGAAAUUGAAAACGUGGCCAGCUGAUGAAACUGCAGCCUAAACAAAUUAAUUGUGCUGAAAUUUGAGAAUUUGUAUGCACGGGCAUCUUAACAAUUUACUUUCGAUUCUUUCGAACACGAGGAUUAACAGCAUCAAUUGGACACGUGACCUGCAUGUACGAGUAUAAAUGAAUGAAUUUUAAUGCUAGACAUUGUGUUGUAUUCAUAUAUUCUCAAAGGAGAAAAAAAUGGAUGAAAUCGACUUAUCGUUCUUCUCUGUUUUGAAAUAAACGUUUAGUUUUUAUUGGAGAAGAUUCAUCACUUUUCGAACAUGUGUAUGGCAAAGCUGCACUGCAAAGCUUUUUAAAUGUGUCCCUUGAGGAACAAUUUGUCUGUGAUAUCGUAUGUCUGUGAUAUAUACUGUUCUAUUUUUAUUUAUUUUUUAUUUUGUUUGAAAUGAUGAACUUAAGUCACCCUGCGUUCAUUUGCAUUAUAAUCACGUUUCAAAAAUUGAACAGCAUUUAAGAAGAAAAAAAAAUGAAUAAAAAGGAAAUAUGUGGAAUACCAUCAUAUUUAUAAUGAUAUUAAAAACCCAGAAUAUUCCCACCAUAUAGGUACAAUGUAUAAUUAUCUAAAAAGGCUAUUAAAAAUUCUUAAAAUCUUGUCA